UGUGUGUGUGUGUUAAUGAGAGAUGGGAGGGUAGAAACUCCUGGUUGGUUGAUUGUUAAGAUAGUUCUCAACACUAUUGCUGGAAAGACUCAUCUCAAGUCUGCAGACGACAUCACAAAAAGCUUUUCUCGCUCCACAAGACGAGGCCUCAGGAGAGACCUGUCCUUCUUCACCUCCUGUAAACUCACUAAGACCAUGAGCGCUCACAACCAUUCGUUAGACUAUUUAAACGGCACUCCAUGGUUUAUCUACGAGUGCACCAUCCAGCUGGAUGCAGACUACCGUCGCAUUGGCCUCUUCCUCAUCUACCUUUUCAUCUUCGUGGUGGGUCUGCUUGAGAACUCCCUGGUCGUCUGGGUGAACUGGCGCCGACGCCACUCAGCUAAUGGGGUUCUCUUCUGCAUCAUCAACGUGAGCCUUUCGGACCUGAUGGUGAUCGUGAUCCUGCCUUUCUUCAUGAUGGAGGUGACCAUUGACAAGGUCUGGCUCUGGGGACGCUUUCUCUGCAAGGUUACCAACCUCAUCUAUGUGGUCAACUUCUACAGUAGCACCUUCUUCCUGGCCGCCAUGACGUUGGAACGUUACUUGUCUCUAACCAGGCCGUCGUCACCUUCGUGCUUCCCUGUGAUGGGCCAGCGUCGCUGGCUGGUCUGCGGAGGCCUGUGGGUGUUCUCUUUGUUCUUGGCCCUGAUGGAAAACGUUCAUGUGGAUCUCCUGGAAUGGGAUGAACCGGGCUGUUACAUGCUGCCUGAAAACAACUACGCUGAGUGGUUUGUCACUGUGGCUUUCCUUUGCCUGAUCUUCCAGUUCGUGGGCCCUGCUGCUCUCAUCAUCACUUGCAACGUGCUGAUUGCUCGAGCGGUCAAAACAGCACCAGAUGUGCAGGGACGAAGGGAUGUGUGGCUGGUGCACGUGUACUCCCUGGUGUUUGUCAUGUGCUGGCUGCCCUAUCACCUGGUCAUGGUCCUGAUGAUCAUAGAUGACACUAACCCUUUCAUCUUCAGCUGCAACACAGUGGAAGUCCUCUACUUCUCAUUCGGCGUUGUGCAGGGCUUGUCCCUUUUCCACUGCGUCGCCAACCCCAUCUUAUACAACUUCCUCAGCAAGAGCUUCCGCAAUAACUUGAUCAACACAGUGGUGAACUGCAUUCCCAGAGAUCCAGGAGCUGGGGACCAGAUAGGAGGAACGAACCAGCCUGGCGCCCCCAACAGAGGAGGGAAAGAUCCGGAAAAGGAGCGCAAGAUAAGCAAUGCCAGCACCAGCCAGUCUGAUGUCGGAUCAUAAGAAAAAAGCUGCUGUAAUAAAAGAGAAAGUUUCUGUCAGAUCACAGACAUUUAGUGAGUGAUGAGGUGAAGAAAGUUAUGACAGAACUAAAGAAGAUUGAACAGCAGCAUCAUUUCACUCUGUUUAUAAACUCAUUGUGCUGUUGUGCAAGAAAUGGGCACAUCAACACCAUCCUGUCAUAAUCCACUUGUUUUUGUUUUGUCAUAUAUCUGAUCACAGUUUUAAAAUGAGGAGGGCAGGAAAUGUUUGAUUUUCUUUCCUCUAAGCUGCUGAACUCCCACCGGAACUCAUGAUGAUGUGUAAACCCUCAUGGCACGAGGGAAGAAUAGUGCCACACCAGGAAUGCAUGUAAACAAAUUUGUCUGUCCAGUAACAGAUAAGAUCAUACCAGUCGAAGUUUAUGAAUUUUACAAGUGUCAGAAAGUAUUUUAGUAGAUAUAUCACUAAUCCAUGCUCAUCUGUUUCUGGAUGUUCUGUUUAACUGUUCUCAUAUAAUAAAAGCCCCUCUCACAUUUUGGAUCCAAGCUGGAAAAUCUGAGUUGUACUUUGUUAGCAGAACAAUGAAAAAUCACCAGUCAAGCACUUUUGGAAGCUUUAUGUUUAUUUUUCUACACCAGUUUGCUGCUCUUGCAUUUGGCUAUCUAUGCUUUUGCAGCUAAUGUUUAUGUUUAUUACAUUUACUUCCAUCUUUCUCCAUCUGCAAUGUGUCACUUUUAACAGUCUGACCGAACUGAAGGCAGAAAAAGGAAAAAGGAGAUUUGAGUCCACAGAUGGCACAAUAGCAGGAAGAGACUGGGAGUUUUAAAAGGGCAAAGGUCACGAGCCCCUGGAAGCAGAGAGGUCACAAAUACUCCACAGAUUUCUGCUAGUUCAUCAGUGGAAUUUUGAUGAUGGAAUGGUUUUGUGGUGUAGGAUAUCAUAAAAGGUCAAAACAGAUAAAAAAAUCAUUCAGGAAUAAUAAAAGUCUUGCUUUUUUCCUUCCCAAAAACUUAAAAACAAGGU